GCGCCGUGAUGACACAAUCCUCUGUAUUCCCGGUGCUGCUCUGAUGACGUAGUUCUCCCGCGCCGCGGACGCUCCCGUUCUGAAGCUACGCUGAGCAGCAGGCGUGUCCGCGCUUCUGCUACCGCUGUCCCCGUCCGUCCGCUUUUCCGGUCCGCGUGUUCGUUGCCCUCCCGGUCCGUCCACGCGCACUUCCGCCCGUCAUGCCGCCGCUACAGCCCGUCCUGAAGCGGAAGGUGGACGAGCUCUUCCUGCGCUGGCUCAGCGACCCCAACACCCAGCGCGCGCUGCACGACAGCCUGCGCCGCAUCCGGGACGCGCCGGGGAGCGAUGACGCCACCCGCGGGGGCCCGGGAACGCCCCCUGACGUCACCCGCCACAGACCAGAGCCACCUGAUGUCAUCUGCGCCCUGCCCCUGGCCUGCUCCCGCCCUGUGCGUACCUCCUGCAGGAGCCCUGGACACAGGAAGGUGCAGCCUCCCCAGGAGGACCCGCCCCCACCGGCCUCCAGCUGCUGCAUCCCCACUUUCUACUUCCCACAUGGGCGCCCACCAGAGACACUAGACGUGGACGCUGUCCUCAGCCGUAUCAAGAGAGUCUUCGCGGAGUUCCCGCAGGAGCGGGCCACUGUAGGAGACAUGGGCCGCGUGGCCAAGGCCUGCGGCUGCCCGCUCUACUGGAAGGGGCCACUGUUCUACAGUGCGGGCGGGGAGCACACGGGCUCUGUGUCCAUGCACAAGUUUGUGGUCAUGUGGAGGAAGAUCCUCCUCACGUGCCACGACGAGGCCGCCAGGUUCGUGCAGCUGCUGAUGGCGCCGGGGAGCAAGGGGCUGGUGCAGGAGGAUUUUGUGCCACUGCUGCAGGAUGUGGUGAACACGCACCCUGGCCUGUCUUUCCUGAAGGAGGCGCCUGAGUUUCAUUCCCGCUAUAUCACCACGGUCAUCCAGAGGAUUUUCUACACUGUGAACAGGUCGUGGUCCGGUUGGAUCACAUGCACCGAGCUGCGGAGGAGCAACUUCCUGCAGAACGUGGCGCUGCUGGAGGUAGAGCCUGACAUCAACCAGCUGACUGAGUUCUUCUCCUAUGAGCAUUUCUACGUCAUCUACUGCAAGUUCUGGGAGCUGGACACGGACCAUGACCUGCAGGUGGAUGCACAGGACCUGGGUCGCCACUCCGACCAUGCCAUUUCCUCCCGGAUGAUUGACAGGAUCUUCUCAGGUGCGGUGACACGAGACCGGAAGGUGCAGAAGAACGGGAAGAUCAGCUACGCAGACUUCGUGUGGUUCUUGCUUUCCGAAGAGGACAAGAAGACUCCAACCAGCAUUGAAUACUGGUUCCGCUGCAUGGACUUGGAUGGUGAUGGCGUGCUCUCCCUAUAUGAGCUCGAGUAUUUCUACAAGGAGCAGAUGCGGCGCCUGGACGCCCGGGCCAUCGAGCCACUGCCUUUAGAGGACUGCGUGUGCCAGAUGUUGGACCUGGUGCAGCCACGGAUCCCAGGGAAGAUCACACUGCCUGACCUGAAGCGCUGCAAGCUCGCCCACGUGUUCUUCGACACGUUUUUCAAUGUGGACAAGUACCUGGACUACGAGCAGCGAGAGCAGGCGUCCCUGCUGCGGGAGAGCGACCCCGAUGGGCCUGAGCUCUCAGACUGGGAGAAGUAUGCGGCGGAGGAAUACGACUUCCUCGUCACCGAGGAGGUGGCCGGGGACCCUUGGGAUGAUGGCCUCCCCUCUGAGCUCAGCCCUGUGGAGCAGAAACUGUGGUCCCCGCUAGCCCAGAGGUCGAUCGAAACACUCGCCCCAUUGGGGAAGGUGGACCUGUAUGCAUGUGUGGACAGGGACCACGUGUGACUGGGGAGACCACAUGACAUGAGAGACACUGAAGAUUGCCCGCUGCUGCUCUGCCCGCAUGGUCACGUGACACUGGAGGCUGCUGCCCGCCCUGCCUACGUGGUCACUUGACAUGAUGGGAUUGGCCCAGGUGGCCACAUGUGGGUCUUUGCGGACAGACUUGUAUCAUAAACUGGUAUUUAUUUGA